AUGGAUUUCUCAACCACACACGACAAGAAGGAAAAAUGUCAACUCUUGAAUCAGAAAAUGAAAUUUGGAAUGAAUCAUGGCGGCGAUCACUCGAAAAGGAAUUCAUCUGAUGCAAAGAAAGAAAUCUCAAACAAUCCAAAAGACACUCAUCGAGAUUCAUGUUGCAACAUGAAUGAUCAUCUUUCAAGCAAUCCAAAACUUCCUAAAAAGGAAAGAGGCAAGAGGAUGAUGAAACAGAAUGUGCACAAACACUUACAUCAUCAAAACAUGAACCAUGUUGGUGGUGAUGAUGAAGGUGUUUCAAUUGCUACCUUGAGUGAUCUCUCAAUGAAUCUCCACCAAAAACAUUCACCUCAACACUCAACACUUCACAAAAUUGGCAAACAAAACAAGAGAAUGAAAACCUUGUCCUCCAAUCUCCAUUCCACAACUUGUACUUCCAACCACUCCAAGAACUCACAAGCAAGAAAAACAAGUAGCCAUUCCUUAUUGGUUGCUUCCAACAACACCAUCCAUUCAACGACCGCAUCAACAACAACUACAGAAACAAUUGGAAGUGCGACCAUUUCAUCAAUUGGAACAAGCAGGACCUCUUCUCCCAAUGUCUAUUACAGAGGUCAUAUUUCACAUUCAAAGAAGAGAUGA